UUUUACUCGAAAUUUAAAAAUCAAUAUGUGAGAGUUUGCCCGAUAACAUCAAUUUAAAACAACCUGUUGGAAAAGUCUGCGUCUUCAAUAACGAAAUUUCACUUGAAUCAUAUUCAAGAUCAAGUCUCAAAAAAGCUUGAGGAGAUCUCUUUUUUCGUCACAACACAACUGAAGAUGAAAAAGGCAAUGGGGGAAAAAACAAUUUUCGAGAAACUGGACGAAGAACUUUUGGAAUUCCAUAAAUACCUGAAAAGAAAGGAUUUAGACGAAGAAGACAUAGGUAUGAUAUUCGAACCAUUAUUAGGAGAAAAAAACAGAGGGAUUGGAAGAUGUUUUUUCAUUUUGAUGUCGAUUUUCCUCAUUUUCCACGCACUGAUAAGGACAGAAAUAGGUUGGUGGUACAUUUUGGCCAUGUCAAGAAUGUUUUUGAUCAAAAUCAAGCCUUUUUACGACUGGAGCUACCUCAAAAAUGAAGAAUGCAUGAUACCAAAAUGGUGGGAGAAAGGAGUAGAGAAAAACUAUACACCAAACUGUAAUUUCUGCGAAAAUUUGAAAAACGUGGAAGUCUUGGAUCAAUUGGAUGGUGGUGAAUUAGAAGAAUUUUACAUGGAGGUGCAAAAACCUGUUGUUUUUCAAUACGAGUUCCCUACAGUGGACCAUGUUUGGUCUUCUUUUUUCCAAGACGACAAUUUCUUAUCGUCUUUUCCUUGUUCGAUAGAAACUAACGUGAUGGAAAACGAAGGAAACAUAGGGAAGAUCUUGAGGAAAAUAUCGAUUUUUCCAAAUUUCUUCGUGCAUUUUCAAAAUUGCGAAUACGAUUCCAUGAAAUAUUUCAGAGGGGUGGUUCCAACCCCCAAAUUCGUCCCUGAUAACAUCUCACCAGUGCAAUACAACUGGCUGAUGUGGAGUAGAAACUACACCUUUCCAAGAUUCAAAAAAAUCGAACUGUCGAAUUCUGAAAAUUUCAAAUUGGUUGGACAGAUAGAAGGAAGGGCAACCUACAGGCUGUUACCGCCUGGAAAAUGCGAGAAAAUUUGCGAAGAAGUAGAGGUUACUUUGGGAAAAGGGCAGGUUUUUAUCUUCACCAAUUUUUGGCGAUUGGAGUACAGUGUGUCCGGUAGUGAAGAGGAAAUAGAGGAUGUAGGUGUUAUUUUGGAGGCUCAUUCUAUAUUGUGAACAGAAAUUUAAUCAAACAAGCUAUAUUUUAUAAAAUUGUAA